AUGGACGAUACGGGAGUCGGAGGCGCUGACCAGGCUUUAAUAUCAACCAAGAAUGCUCUCCCUGUUGAACUGAUUCACCAGAUCAUCGCCGAUCUCGCUCAGUCUGAGGAUAAUACACCCCCCAUAAUUGGUGCUUGCGCCCUUGUCUGUCGGGCGUGGGCUGCUAUCUGCCGCGCACAUAUCUUCCGCCAGAUCACUAUCAGCUAUCGUGAUUUCACGCCGCGCCUCUCUUUUCUCUACUUCACAGCUCCCCAUCUCAGCAAAUAUAUUCUUGAGCUUGUUAUCCGCGGUCAAGGCAGCAGACGCUCCAGUCACGCUUUUCCGGAAUGGACUGCGUACUGCUUUGGUCUAUUGAACAAUUUACGUUCGUUGCGCUUUCAUCACGUUACUGGGGAGUGGUCCCAGAUAUCGACGCCACUCGUGCAGGGGAUAACUACGCUUCUAUCCGCCCCUCGCCUUCGAAAGCUUCAUAUCUCUGGAUGGGCCUUUGGGAACGAUACCCGAACCCUCCUCUUCUUGCUUUCUCUGUGCUCGACCUCCCUACAGGAUCUGGUACUCCAGAAUGUCGACGUGACCGAACCUGGAAUCGAGGUAGACGGAUUAUCGGCCAUAAGCAUGGAGGCUCUUUCUAGCCUGCGACUGGAAUGUGUCUCGCAUCCCGGUCUAACGGAAUCACUCAUCAAAUGCCCGAACCUGAAAUCAAUGGUAGUAAAAACGAAUGAUAUGCGAGAGCGUUACCCGCUAUGGAUAUCAUCUGUGGUAAAGGAAUUAAAUCUGAUUGGUAUGCCUCUCAAAUCCCAUCCAUCUCACUACGUUGAAUUGUGUACGGGCCUAGUAUUCCCGUGGUCUGGUAUCCCCAAGUUUGCGAAUACUGCGCGCAUCUCAGUGCUCUCAAUCGAUAUGGCGACGCCUACCAGGCUCUCUGAAUUUCAAGAAUGGCUGGAGGCCUGCAUCAGCAACCUCCCCCAUCCUCAUCUCCUUGCCGAACUCACAAUGCAACUUCAAUACAAUCCUGACGGAAGAGAAUACCCCGAUGUCGCCGAAUAUACAGCUUUAUCUUCCUAUCUCUCGCAGCUUCGUGACCGCAUGCCACUGGGGCGUAUCAGUGCCACUAUGCAGAUGAUCGUGCGUGGUGCGAUAAAAGAAGUGGAUGAUACCGACCAAGUAAGGGAAGUGGCGAAGCUUAGGGAUGGAUUUGCACCGAUAUUGGGGCCAGGUGUGGACAUUCGACUCGUUGUUCAGCAUGUGGGUAGGUUGAUCCCGGGAUACAUGGACUGUCGAGUGUAG